AUUAUAUUCAAUGCGUUUAUAAUAUCGUCAAAUCCAGUAACGAUGUGUGCAGUAUUGAAGUGAUAUUAAGUGACUUUGAUGUGGAGGACACACCUGAAUGCUCGGCUGAUUACUUAGAUUUAGGCGAUGGAAGCGGACGUAUGUGUGGAAUAUUGAUUGCAAACACUAGAAAAAUUAUAUGGUUUCCAACAAAUGGCGAUAACAUUAAGAUUGUAUUCAAAUCUAAUCACAUCAAUAAUCGCAAGGGAUUUAUGGCUAAAAUCAGACAAUUGAGAAAUAGUUGCCCGCCUUAUGUGAUCAACAGAAUACCAAAUAUAAUGCAGAGUUCCGAACCUAAACCGGAAGUCUUUCACAGACAACCCGUUUAUUUGGGCUCGUAUUGUGACAUUUAUAUCGGUGAAGUAAUAGGAGAUCUCAGAUCACCCGGAUAUCCGUAUGGGUAUCACAAUAACCAAAGUUGUCACUAUUCAAUCAGAAGAGCCGCCUCUGAUAUCUGCAAAGUAGAGCUAAUCUUCCAUCAGUUCGACAUCUCUUCAACCGACCGACGCUUUUGUGAUUCAGACUUUGUUGAACUGCCCGACAGGACCAGACUUUGUGGCAAAAUACCUCUUCAGCAAAGAGUUUAUCCCUUUUCUCGUUCCAAAGUCAGACAAUUGAGGAAUUCCUGUGAUUAUAAAACUCCUCAAAAUGCCAUCAAAUGUGACCAAACACUCAGCGGCCAAAUAACGACACUUCACUCCACAAAUUACCCACAAUUUUACGGCCCUUCACAGCAAUGCGUGUAUUUAGUGGAGCCGUUGGAUAAGAAUACGUGUGAAUAUGAGAUACAAUUUCUUAACUUUAAUAUCGAGUCGUCCAGAGAUUAUUUGGGGAACUGUAACAAAGACUUCUUUCAAUACCCCGAUGGAUCCAGAAUUUGUGGUUUUUCUUCGGCCAAAACCCCAUAUUUGACCACUUCUUAUCCGCACACAAACAACACAUACUAUAAUUGCGACCAAAUAAUCAGUUCAGAAAUCGAUGUCAUAACGAGUCCUAAUUAUCCGCACAAUUAUCCGACGACAACGCGAUGUAUCUAUACUUUCCUCAAAUCAAUGCCAAACACAACUCGUCCGGGUUUCCGACUCCGAGCCGAACAGAUCCUAAACUCCUGCACACAUCCUGUCAUUGACCACAGAAUUGGUAAUACAAUUGUAGGCAAACCAAUCGUAGAGCAAAUACCGCUCGACCCGGUAGUGGUUAGUCAACCACGGGAUCCGGUGGUCAUCAAGAAUCCGAUAACACAGCCGCCAAUCAAUACAAUCAAACCGUUGCCGCAGAUAUGUUCGUCUUCAUCGACAAUAUUGUCCACAUUUCAGAGCGAUAACUAUCCGCUGCCUUAUAAUGCAUACACAAAUUGUGUUUAUAAAAUAUUUCGCGCCAGUCGUCACGUUUGUCGCCUUGAGAUCACUUUCUUAGACUUUGAUGUCGGCGUCGAGGACAUGGAUCACAAGUACUGUUCCAACGGUUACGUGGAAUUCGAUGCAAUUAAAUACUGCGGUCGACGUAAAGAGGAGAGAAUAGUGGUUGACUUGCCGGCUGACAAACACGAGUUUAAUAUCCGGUUUCAUACGGAGUCUUCCGUCCGUUACGGAGGCUUCAGGAUUCAGGUGCGACAGAUAGACGACAACUGCGGUCAUCACAACUCUAUUCAACACGAAUUCAGUCCCGGAUCUACUGAAUCGUGUAGUAAAAUGCAAUUCAGCGAAAGAUCGCUACAAAUAUUGAGUCCGCACUAUGAGAGCGGUAGUUAUCAACCAUUUCUCGACUGCGAAUAUAAUGUGCGAAAAGCCACUCAUGAUAUCUGUGCCCUCGAAGUCAAAUUCGAUGCCUUCUCUCUCGAGGAAUCCAAGAACUGCUAUAAGGAUUACUUGCAAAUCGGAUCAAUGAGAUUGUGCGGCAAAUUGCCGUAUGCGGCCACUCGGACCUAUCAAUUCACAAGUGAUGAGAUUCCCAUCAAAUUUCAUACCGACGCUAAUGGAAAUGAGGCCGGAUUUGUGAUCAUGGUUAAACAGAUUCAGUGCUAA